AUGAAGAUAAGCAACGGAAACGCCCUCGGCACCAUGAUCAUUGGCAACGCAAUCUCCGCAAUGGCACAGAAUAUGUCUUUUGGGGCCGACAAUUUCUACCGCAGUGACAACCUGACCGUUCAUGCGAUAACCUUUCCAAGUCAAUACCAGACAAACGUCGCCGGUAACCUAUUUAUGCCCAACAACAUCAACCGCAGUGCCGAUAUGCCGGCUAUCGUCGUUGGUCACCCCAUGGGUGCAGUGAAAGAGCAAAGUGCGAACCUGUACGCGCAAAAGCUAGCCGAGCAAGGCUUUGUCACAAUUUCUCUUGACCUUCCAUUCUGGGGAGGCAGCGAGGGAGAGCCACGCAACGCAGUUUCCGCCGAACUUUAUGCAGAUGCGUUUAGCAGUGCGGUUGACUACCUCGGCGUACAGAACCUCACAACAGUGGACCGCUCGCGGAUUGGCGGUCUCGGAAUCUGUGGCAGUGGCUCAUUCAUGAUCAGCGCCGCAAAACUCGACCCACGCAUCAAAGCCAUCGCCACCGCCAGCAUGUACAACAUGGGUGCUCUUGCCCGGCAUGGGCUCGAAAACUCGCAGAAUGUCGAGCAGCGCAAACAAGUGAUCUCCGAGGCUGCAAACCAGCGUUGGAUCGAGGACGAGGGUGGCGAGGUCCAGUACACCAGUGGAACCCCGAAUCAGCUUACUGCAAACACAACAGCUGUUGGACGUGAAUUCUUCGACUACUAUCGCACUUACCGUGGCGAGUUCACGCCCCGGGAUACAACCGCAGAGCUGACAACACACCCUACUCUCGCGAGUUUCACGCAGUUUAUGAACUUCUACCCAUUCAAUGAUAUCGACACGAUCUCGCCCCGUCCGAUGCUGUUCAUCUCUGGUGACCAGGCUCACUCACGUGAGUUUAGCAAGGACGCCUAUGCGAAGGCUGGUGAGCCGAAGGAGCUUUUCUGGGUUUCCGGAGCUGGCCAUGUUGAUCUCUACGAUCGCACUGAGCUUAUUCCAUUCGACAAGCUUACCCACUUUUUCCAGACGAACCUCGUCUAA